CAUAUGAUAGGCAGUGUUUGCUAAGUCAUAGAAUAACCUUUUUUAAACAAUCAGAUUUCACCGUAUAACACAUUAUUAAUUAGAUUUAUGUAUGAAUCACGGAUCAACAUUGUUAUAAUCAUAUUUUUUUUUUAGUGCAAUAAGUCUUAUAUUAUUAUUAUUGUCCAAUUAUAAGUUAUAAAUUUACUAAAAUGCUAGAUUCUCUUGACCCUCCAGAAAGUAAAAAACCUAAGCUUUCUGAAGAAGAAUUGAUCAUAUUGAAAGAAAAUGUAGACUUUCCAGGAAGUACAGAAAACAAAAAAUCUAGACUUUCUGGAGAAGAAUUUAUCAAGUUGAAAGAAAGUCUUCGUGAAAGGAAGAAACGAUUCUCAAUUAUUCCACGACUGCGACUACUAUCAGCUGGUGAAAAUGCUAGCCUAACAGUUAACGUUGACAGUCAAGAUCGAAUACCAAUUUUUUUAAAUGACGUGCAACACCUUCUUAUGUACUCUAUGCUUGGACAUCAUGCAACUUAUGUUCCAGAUAGAUGGUGUAAAUUAGAUAAAUACAAUAAAGUAUCUCAUGCUGUAGUACUUAUUGUUGAUGGAUUAUCGGUUAGGCAUUAUUUGUUGAAUGAAUCUAAAUUCUGUUAUUUAAAAGCUAAAUCAGAGCACAGCUUAGAACUAAUUACACCAGCAGCUUAUGGUGGAUCAAUUGUAGAAGAACUUGCAGCUGUACCAUUCAGUGGAAGUCAAAAGAAAAAUCUUAUUAAUAAAUAUGGAUCUUUAAAAAAUGCAGUAAAGGUUAAUGGUGAUAUUAUUAAGCUACUGAAAAAAAUUUUUCCUAUGAAAUCAGCUCCAAAAUCAGAGAAAGGUGACAAUAGCAAUAUUGGAUUACCAUCUACAGAUCAAUUUUCAAGAACUGAAUUGAUUCUUUCACCAUAUCAGCUUAUAGAAGAGAAUUAUCCUAUCCCAUUAAAAGGAGGUCUUGCUAAAAAAUAUGUAGACUAUGUAUUAACUAAAGAUGAAUAUGAUGAGGUUAAUUCAAAAUCACCAAUGUUUGGUAUAGACUGUGAGAUGUGUAGAACCACAAUAGGUUGUCUAGAGCUUACUAGGGUAUCCAUUGUUGAUGAAAAAUUAGAUAUUGUUUAUGAUACUCUUGUGAAACCUGAUAAUAAAAUUACAGAUUACCUUACUCAGUACAGUGGUAUUACAGAAAUGAUGUUGGAAAAUGUAACAACAAAGUUAUCUGAUGUUCAAAAAUUUAUCAAGGAAUUUUUACCUGCUAAUGCCAUACUUGUUGGACAAAGUUUAAAUUCUGAUAUGCAUGCUCUGAAAAUGAUGCAUCCAUAUAUUAUAGAUACAUCAGUAAUUUUCAAUAUCACUGGAGAUAGGUAUCGUAAGACAAAAUUAAAAACUCUAGUUCAAGAAUUUUUGAAUGAAAAUAUACAAAAGGGUAGAAGUGGUCAUUGUUCAACAGAAGAUUCUCAAGCCUCCAUGAAAUUAGUUUUAUUGAAAUUAGCAAAUAGUAUAUAUUUUGGUGAUAGUAUUCUUAUGGAUCAAUGUCAAACAUAUUCAUAUGAAUCUAUGUAUAAGAAAGAUAAUAGAAAUUUUCAUCAGAAUCAAAAGCAAAUGACUACUUUUGGCUCAUUAAUUUUCAAUCAUGUAACAAAAGUUAAAACGAAAACUGCAGCAAUUUUUGGAUGUACCGAUGUUCUGAAUGAUUAUUCCAAAAUUAUGAAAAAUUCUACAUUAAAUAUAAUGGAAGAUAAAGAAUUUGGAAAAGGGGACAAUGUGAGACUUGCAGUGGUGAAUAGUAAUAAAGAAGCUGUCAGUAGAUGUAGUGAAGUAGCUAUGGAGCAUGCUUUAAAUUUUUGUCAUGUAAAAUUUAGUGAAGAUCAGAUUUCAGAAGAGAACUUGGAUAAAACUAUAAAUAGUGUAGAUAAAUGGGUAAAGAAACUUUGGAAACAUACAGCUUUCAAUGGUUUGAUUUGUGUAAUUUUUAGUGGACAAAGUUCUUCAAAUGGAGCAUGUUUCUUAAGUAUAAAAAAAAACACAGAUAUAGACUUGGAACAAGUAUGAUUUUACAAGUAAAAAAUUAUAAUCAAUUUUAUUAUUGAACUGAUGAUAAAUUAUUCACCAUUGUGAAUGACAAUUUUGUAUGUAUUUUAAAAAACUGUAUAUAUUAGAUAAAACGACAAGUUCAUAAGAUCUUUGAGAAAGUGAAAUAGUAAAAGUAAUCUUCUAGAAAGUUUUAAUUUCUAAAUAUUACUGAUCAUUGAUUUCAUAGUGCUGUAAAUAAUGUAGUUUAAACAUGAGCAUUAUAUUGCAUUACUCAUUUUAAAACCUAAUAAAAUUUUAUUUUAUUUGUUAAAAGUAUUACUUUUAUUUACCAUUUUGUACUUAUGAUAAAUUAAUACAGGCAUUUACAGUUUGGUAACACGUGACAUAAUAAUGUAUCUUUGCCAAAUUUAUAAAUAAAUUAAAGCUCCCCCUCAAUGUCCAUAGAUAUAUAGUUAAUGGAGAAAUUUUGUCGCAAUUUCCCUCCAAACAUUUGUCUAAAUUAAAAAUCAAAGAUGCUCGAAAAAAUUAUCGUUAAGAAAUGUUCAUAUCUAGUUUGUGACUAAUCAUCUUGAAAUGAUUUGAGCAGUAGUUUCUACAUAAAAUAAUAAAAAAAUCAAUGAUGUUCCAGAGUUAGCUUGAUUGUAAAGUGCGAAAACAUUUUGUUUAUCCAUCGUGAGUUUAAACAUAAAUAAUAGCUAGAAAUUAUAGUUGACUUUUUAAUUAAUUAUAAAGAAACCACUGUUCAAAAUAUUCCAAGAUUGAUGUCUCACUUAAGGUAUGAUUAUUUUUUGAAGAAUUUUUUCUAGCACCUUUGAUUUAUAUAUUUUAGGCGAACUAUUGGAGGUUAAAGUCACAAUCAAAUUUCUCCAU